CACAUACACCGUAUCCAAACCAUAUAAAUGCCACUCCAAACUCUCCCACUCCCACUCUCACCCCUGCAUUAUUUAAACACCAUCUGAGAUUUCCUGAACCUUUGCAAUUCAAAUCCAUGGCUGAAUUUACAGAGGAUUUUCAGAGCUUCAAACCAUCUCACCCAUUCCUUGAGAUAGAUUCCAGCAUGGAUUACAUAAACAGCUUGAUGGGUUUUCCCAAUGACUGCUUAUUUCCACAGAAACCCGAAUUCCCGACGCCGUUCGAUGAAAAUCUCUCGGGUUUUUUCACACCCGAAUGCCCGGAUUCGACACCCUUCUCUCAGUCCAUGGUUUCUGUGGGAGAUGGGGAUAAAGAAAAGAAGAAGAGGAAGACAUUGACAGUAUCAGAAAGCAGUUCUGGAAAUUCUUCUACUCUGGUUUCAGAAACUGGUGGAGGAGAUGAUAAAAUUAAGAGAAAAAAUAAUUUUGGGAGAGGAAAGAGAGGGAUAUGCAAUGAGAAGCAAGAAGACAAACCAAAGGAGGUUAUUCAUGUGAGAGCAAGAAGAGGCCAAGCUACUGAUAGCCACAGCCUAGCUGAAAGGGUGAGAAGAGAGAAAAUCAAUGAAAGAAUGAGACAUUUGCAAGACCUUGUCCCUGGAUGCUACAAGACAAUGGGAAUGGCUGUGAUGUUAGAUGAGAUAAUUAAUUACGUCCAAUCGUUGCAAAAUCAAGUCGAGUUUCUUUCCAUGAAGCUUUCAGCGGCCAGUUCUUUCCAUGACUUCAAUUUGGAUACGGGAACUAGUGAAACACAACAGGCGACAAACCCAUAUGUGGCCAAAGAAAUGGAUAGGUUGCUGAGAGAAGGAUAUGGAGGUUUCACUAGCUUCCACUCAACAUGGCCCCUUUGACUCCACUUUUGGCCCUUGCAUGCACAUGCCCUCUUCCUCACUCACUCCAAAUCAAAUCUGCUCCCCUCAGGCCUUACAUUGUAAACGUGCACACCAAACAUAUAUGUCCACACGUGUGGGACCCUAACUUACUGAUAAAUAAAGGAUUAUUGUCCUUAUUUCAAUUCAUUGA